UUUUAGUUACAGUGUGCAGUUAAAAAAUGCAGACGCCACAAUUAAUUUCGGGAGGUUUGGAAUCUUGCAAUAUCUGAAAAAACUUUCAGGCUGCAUGCCCGUUUCGCAAUCAAGAAAGUUCAGCGGAAAUCAGUUUGACUGGAAUAUAUGUCAAAGAGCGACACAAAGGAAACAGCCAACAGCUGCAGGCAGGGCGCUGUGGUGAUAAUGCAGAUAACACAGACAUGGCACUUUUCCAGAGUGUGAUGAAAGCACUCCCAAAUUAUCAAGGCGGCAUUCAGUGCAAGGAAAAGACUGUCUCUUCAGCUUCGAACAAAACUUGGGGUGCUAUUUCAGCUGAUUAUUUUCUUUGUUUUGAUAAAUGUUUGUAGACUUAACCAUGUCUUCCAUAUUAGAUAACUUUAUGAAUAGAAAAAUAAUAUUUUUCUUUUAAUUUUUAAUAUUAGAGAAUAACUUUUAUAUUACUGUUAUCUGUAAAUAAAAAUUUACAGUUUUACUGUAAAAAUGCUUCCUGAAAUUGUCAUAGUAGUGAGUGGCACUCACUGGCAUUGUGUCACCUGUAAGACACAUAACAAAAGAACUGUAAGUCUUGACCAACAUUUGUUGCAUAUGCAUCCCUAUGUACCACCCCUUCACCCAUCCUCAACCUUUAUGUCACAACUAAGUGAUGGAGAAGAUAAGUCAGAUGUUGACCAUCACAUUGUCAAUCAGAAUGACAAAGAGAAUAAGCCUGGUGAACUUUCUCCAAUAAGCCCUUGGUUAAAGCAGUUACCACAAUCAGAAUUUGAUGAUGAGGAGGAGGAAGAGGAUGAAGAUGUAGAUAAUGAUAAUGACAGCGAUGAAGACUUUGUACCUUCAGAAUAUGAGGAAAAACCAAAACCGACUCCAAAGACCAGACGUAAAACGAGAAAGCAAUCAAAAAAGACAAUUAAACAUGUUAGAGUGCAUGUCACUCGAAAAGAAGAGAAAAUAGUUAUUUCUCCUGAGUUACCAUCAGAGACUGAAAAUCCAACUGAGCCUGAACAAACGGAAGAAGAAGAAGAAUUUAAGCCAAAGAAAAAGACUAGAAGCAGAGCUGCAGAAGCUGGCAUUCACCAAGAGUUUAAGGUUAAGGCCUUCCGUGGAAAACAUAAAGCACAAGACCUGGGAACUCUGCCCAGCCAGCAGCCUAGAAAGAGAGGCAGACCACCUAAACCAAAACCUCCUCCAGGGGAAGGUGAGGAACAACCACCUAAACGACCUUAUAGAAAAAGAGUUCCAGACCCAAGUGAAAUGCUUCUUAAGAUUAGGAAUGUGGGAAGGAAAGCUAAUACAAGAAAGAAAAUAGCAACAAAUGAAAGAUUAGGAAUAGGAGAAAAAUAUGUUAAAUUGAUAAGCAAAGGUGAGCUGUUGAAUCACAGUGAACUAAGCAGUGGAGAAGAAAGUCUUCACAGAAAAUCUUUGGCUGGUGAUCCUUUCGGCAAGCUUGGGGAAAACAGGAACGGAGAAAGUUUUAGUAUAAAUCAAGAUAGUUUGUCUUCCCAGGAUACUACACAAUCAGGAUUCCAAAAUCAGGAGAAUUCCAGAGACAGCAUGGAGAGGAGAAGUGUUCGCUGCAAUGUUUGCCUGUUUCUUUUUAGCUCAGAUCGACAGCUUAUAGAACACAGAAGAAAGGUGGCACAGGAUGAUGUAAUGCAGUGCAAAAAAUGUGACAUGAAAUUCCAUGGUAUGACUGAUCUCAAUAUGCAUAUUUUUUGUGACCAUGAAUAUGAAAAACAGCCCUUAUGCUUUUUAUGCAAUGAAGAUUUCAAAAGCAUGGAGAAAUUGGAGAAACAUUUAUACAGGCACAAUGAAAACGCUGAUCGUAAGUUAGGAGACACAAGAUUCCAUGAUUGCAGGCUGUGUAACAUGGAGCUGAACAUAGAUUUUCAGCUGAUCAAAAAUCACUAUUAUCGAAGGCACAAAGCUUAUGUUUGUCCUGAGUGUUAUGGAAAAAAUGUGGAGCUUCUUUUUUAUACAGACACAGUUUUAUAUGCAGAGCACAAGCAAAUGCAUGCUAACUCUCCAGCAGAGUGUGUCAUCUGCAGACUGGUGUUUCCUACAGCACGAGAAAUGAAAACUCAUAUGUGGACACAUGCAGAUGACAAAACAGAUGAUGGAACUGGGAGCAAAUGUAGCAAAUGUGACAAAUGGUUGCCAAAUGCUGGUGCCAUGCUGAUGCAUGAGAAGGAGCACAAGAAUGAGGCCAUCCGGAAGAACUAUGCUCUAGAGGCAAGCAUUGGUUUUCCAUGUAUGCGCUGUGAACACAUUUUCAGCAGCAAGAGCAAUUUGAAAAAGCAUUCCUGCAAGGCUGAUCCAAAUCGUACAUUCUAUUUUCAUUGCGAAUAUUGCGCUCAUGGAUGCAAUACAAAAGAGCAGCUGAGAGAUCAUAUAGCUUUGCACCAUCUUGGCAUCAAGCGCUAUGCUUGUGACUAUUGUGACCAGCGUUUUGUCUGUGCUCCUACCUUGAGGCGCCAUGUACGCAGGCAGCAUACACAUGAAAAGCCAUAUGAAUGUCAUAUUUGUGGGGAGCGGUUUUAUGAGCGAAACUUGAUGUUACGCCAUGUCUCCAAGCAUACUGGCAUUGCUAGUUUUAUGUGUGAAUUUUGUGGUAAGGGCUUCCAUACUAAGUUUGACUUGAAAAAGCAUGUUGAAAAUCACACCAACACACGGGACUUUGUCUGUCCUAACUGUGGUCUGGAUUAUAAACGCAGCUAUCACCUUAAAAGACACAUAGAAAAGGGAUGUAAAAAGACACUUGUACGAUUUGAUGAAAAUGUUCCUUCAGUUGUUUCUGAAGCUCCUUUAAUACCUGGAGAUGACUAUGAUGAUGAUGGUGAUGAUGAUGCAGACAUUGAUAUGGACAAUGAUGAUUUAAAUGAAGAUGCUGAUAUGGCCAAUUAUAAUGAUGAAAGCUCUGGACCAGACUAUGAUGAUGAUGACGAUGAUGAUGUUAAUGAUGAUGAUGAGGAGGAGGAUGUUGAUCUUGUUUAAUUGACGGUCAUUUUUUACUCUUCAGACAUUGAGCUUUGAAUAAGUUGUGAAUGUCAAGUCUUGGCUGAAGAAAUUUUUGCAUCUGUAAAGGAUUGUGACAGCAUCAAUUAUCAGUAUUAUAGAAUUAUUGAUGAAACAUAGUCACUCCUACAGUCCUUUCUGAUUACUGUGUUUAAUUGAUAAGUUUUUUGGGACUGUUGUCUUACUGGGUAUGGUAUUAAAACUAAAGGGCAUUAAUGCAACCACCAUUGCCGAUGCUGUGAAUGGUAAAAUGACCAGACAUUGCUUUUUUUUCUCCUUACAAGCAGCAAUGUAGUAGCCAUUGAGUUGGACCCCAAAAUGUCUCAGAUUAAGUGUAGAGGACACAGAUUCACCAUUACCAUUACAAAAUUAAUGAGGUCAAUUUUUCUGGAGAUCUUGCUGAGACCAAAACUGGAAUUUACAUUGAGCUUGGUUUUAUGAAGGUGAAAGUUGGUAAUGGAUUAUUAAUACCAUCACUUUAGAUCCAUUUACUAAUUUUAGUCACUCUUUAGCCUUUAAUGUAUUAACUGACACACAGAGGAGAAGGGAUUGACUUGCAUGACAAAUCAGCUGUAAAACUGUAUGGAACAUGUAUGACUUUCAUAUCUGUAUAAAUGAUUAGACCAGAAAUUAGUUUUCAAAGGUACUUUUAAGGCUCACCUUAGUUUAAACCUCAAAGCCAGUAGUGUGUUUAACAAACAGGUAUUUUAGUUCGUUGACGGAGCAUUUACAUGAUAUAAAAUCUUGCGGGCCAGAAAAUGGCGGUUUUGCCAGAAUCAUGAUGUUCAAAAAACGAAAUUAUGUUGUGUCUGGUUAAAAUGAGCAGGCCAGAUGAGGCACCUUUGAGCGCCAGAUGUGGCCUGUGGGCCGUAGGUUGGGCACCAGGGGUUAGAGGAUUCAAGGACAGGAGACUUGUAAACUGGUUAGAUUCACAUACUAAAAAUUUUAGAUGCUUUACCCAAUAGAUGAGUAUGAAAUAUGCUGAUGUGUUCUAAUCAACAAAUGCAUGCCCAUGAAGAUGACAGUUUCCAAAAACAAAAGAAUUUAAAUAAGUCUUGGCUGCUUAAUUAGAUUUUUAUAAACCUUAGCAAAGCAGUUAAACUCUCAGCAUUAAUAUCUAAGGGCUUUUUCCUUGAUUUUAGUAAUGUUUUAUUACGAUGACAUUAUUUUCUACAACAAUUGAAGCCUGCUUGUCUUAUUCAAUUGAUUCCUGCUGUUAGAAGUUGUCCAUCAUUUCUUUUUUCUUUUUUUUUUUUCUUGUUCUAAUGAUAGCUCGAAAGUAUCAGGAAUCGAUUAUUUUUCAAACUGAUUUUUCAGCUGUUGAUGAUGAUUGGGGUGAUGUUUCCCUCCCAUUCCCUUUGAUGAGUUGUAGGUUACUGUGUGGUUUAAAUAUAAAUUAACUAUCUUUCAGUACAGUAGCAUAAGAUUUUAUGGUGGCUGACACAAUUUACCUUCUCUAUGGUAGUAGGACUAUGUAAAGAGUUUAAGUAAAUCCCGCAGAUUGGAAGUAAAAUCAGAAUGCGGCUAUAUCAUGGCAAUUGUUAAUGUACAUUUUAGAGGCAAGGACCUCUAUCUCUAUCACCUUUUAUCUAGAUUUUAAAGUUUGGGGUAUGAUGUCAAAAUGACUUUAGCAUCAAGAAUGAACAAUAAAAAUGGCCAGUAAUGUGAAUGUAAACAUGCAAAUACAAAUAAGAAAGAUUGUGUGUGUGAAAUGUUGUGGAGGGGGCACACAUGUACAAGUGUAAUGUAUACCAUAAAUUUCAGAUUAUAAGCCGUGACUUUUUUCCCCAGCUUUAAACCUUGCAGCUUAAACAGUUAUGCAGAUUUUUAUGGAUUUUUCUGAUUCCGAUUAAUUUUUUCAGCUUUGUGUUAAAGUGUUAACUGGUAACAUUAAAGUGUUAACUGUUCAAAUUUUUAAAUCAAAGCCACAUACAAUUGAAGUAUUUAGAUCAGUUGCUAAAGCACACACCCUCAUCUUGCUGAAAAAGGGACAACAUGCCUACGAUACAGCUUUCAAGUUGUGUAUAUUUAUGGCUUAUAAACCAGUGCGGCUUAUUUGUGGAAAAAGUAGAGAUUUUUUUUAAAUUAGCGGGUGCAGCUUAUGUACAGGUGUGCUCAGUAGACUGAAAUUUACAGUAUUUUUCAACAGAUUAAGUAUGGCUGUAUAAUUUACUUAAAAUGUUCAACAGUUCAUGUAGAACAUGUUAAAAGAAGCAGUUGCUUCUGUUGGGACAUCUUGUUUUCUUCUGGGCUGGAUUUUUUUUUUAUAUAGAAAUUUUGUGUUCAUAGAUGAAUUAAAUUUAUUUUGGAGCCAUCCUCCCUCCAGAAAACUUAGCUAUCUUUAGCGUGGAGCAAUGAGCUUUGCUCGCCAGUAAAAGGAACUAUUUUGAAAAUUUGAUUUUCAUUUGCAGAUGUCAUGUUUAUGAGUAAUUUGAAACAGUUUCUUUUACAUGCAUAAAAGGUGUGAGGGACAGUUAUUCUUGAUUAUUAUUCUGCUCCCUGUUUAUUACACAAUUACAAAGCAUGACUUGGCACAUAAUAAACUAAUAUAAGUUUAAGAAAAAAGCUUCAUGAAAAAAAGUUGCUGACCACCAUACACUUAGUGGGGUAUUUUGUUGAUAUAGCUUUUAAUUAGUAAAUUAUUCCGUACAAGGGUUUUACCACAGAGCAUUGCACAUAAAUUUAUUUUAUACUUUUGUUAACUUAUUGUCUACCAUACUAUUUACGGAAUGUUUCACUACCUUAUGCAAAGCUGGAAAUGAAAAUGAUAAUCUGCUGAUCCCAAAGAUAGAUGCUGCUUAUUGACAAAACAUGAGUUUUUCUUAAAAUGAUACCUUUGAUAUAUCAUGUAGUAUCAAUGUAAAUAAUAUUGAUGUCCCUGACAUUCAUUAAGAUGUUGUGUAGAACAUGGAUAAUUUUUACAGCUUGCAUAUAAAUCUUUGAACAUUUUAUUUUUUUAAUAUAUUUAACUUGUGUAGAUGUUAUUAUUUUUUAUUCACAUGCUAAAAUAUUGUACAUUUCAUUGCUCUAUAAGAAGAAACUGCACUUACCAGUUAGUAUACAAUUUUCAGAUUCUUUUUUAUACAGUGAAAGGCUACUUUUUUGUGUUGAAGAAAUUUCCAUUGUUUGCCAGUUUUCACUAUUUGAUUCAUGUUUAGCAGUUCAUGGUAUUUUUAUUGUCAUGUGUGUCUGAAGUAUUUCUAUUGAAUGGUGAAUCACUACUAGAAGGCAAUAUCUGUGUUAGUUACACCCAGUUUUACAUAUGAUCUACAAAUCAAACUAUGUUGCAUUCAAGAGAAUUUACUGUCUUAUCACAUUAGGCUUUAUAAUUCCAUUACUGUUAGACAACAUGCUAUAUCUAACUGGGUUGCAGUGAUGGUUUUGUCUGAAAGACAGGGUGAUAGGGGUUCAUUAUGACUUUUAGGCAUUUGUUCUUGUUUUAGAGCACAAAACUGCAGCUAGCUUUCCAGUGAAACAAGCAUCAUUCCAGCUGCACAGAAGAUAUGUGAAACAAAACAUUUUACACAAAUGCCUGUUUUAUGAAUUUAGUUCUUCACAGAAGAGACCAGAGGGUGGAUGGAUGGGGGGGGGGGGGUUAAUGCUAAAACAAUGAAUAUCAAGUUUCUUAGGGUAGUUUGGAAAAGAACAGUUGAGAGCGAGACAAAGGACAUAGGAACCAUAUGGGCCCAACUGAGGGGGGCUGCCCAAAACCGGGUCCGCAAGUGAGGUGUUGUUGCGGCUCUAUGCUCCUUGAGGAGUAACAAGAAAUAAGCACAUUCUUAGAGUAGCUCAGGUGUGAAACAGGGAUGUGCCAUGUCAUCCACCCUGAAUAAUUCAGUAUAAAUGUAUUUUAUGUUUAUUUACCCAUAACAAUACUAGUCGGUCAUUGGUUGUGCUUCAUCAUACUUUGAGGAAGGAGUUCAUUAUCUCUGUAAUGUAAUCAUUAUUAUAUAGUGAAGAAUGUGAAUGCAACCAGUGGAAGAUUUACAGCAAUAAUUCAUGGUCCAGACACCAAACAAGUUGUCCCCUCUUUGUUUUUUGUGUAAUUCUUAUCGUUACGGCUGAAUAUUAUGGCAUGGUCUACUUUCUUAGUAUUCGCCAUUCUGUUGUUGACAAAGAAUUGCCAGAGAUUUUUGUAGGGUUUUUUGUAAUGAGUAUCUACACUUUGGUUCCCAAUUUCUUUACUUCUGUUAUUUUCUUUCAUGUGAAAUGUCUUUGCUGUCACUGUGUAAAAUGUAGUUUUUUAUUAUGGGGUUUCUUGUAUUUAUAGACAAAUUUCAGUGUUUACCUAGUCUUGGACAUAUCAUAAAAUCUUUCUUUUGAUCUUGUUUAUAUAUUUACAAUAUCCAUUUUAUGCAAACUUUACAGCAACAGUUAUAUGUACGGGCAUUUAGAUUUCAUAGACAAAUACAGUAUCAUUUUUAAAA